UUAUUUCAUUAUUAGCGAAAUGACAACAAUACACUCCGUAAAUAAAGUAAUCGUUCUACAGAGUGGUUAUUCCCGCGAAGAUGCCGAAAAUCCUAACGCCAUGAGAGCCAAUUGCACUUGCACGCUUAUUCGUUGCAGAGAUGGCACCAACGUCAUAGUGGACACAAUGACCUCGUGGGAUGGAGAGCACUUGAAAUCUUUGCUGGCAAAGGAAGGCUUGGAAGUGAAUGAUAUUCACAUUGUUGUCUGCACUCAUGGACAUUCCGAUCACAUUGGAUGCAAUUAUUUGUUUCAAGCGGCUGGCCUUCAUUUAGUUGGAGCCUGUGCAUCAUAUCGUGAUCUUUACAUGGAUCACUUUGGUAGCGGCAAUCCAGAUGAGGAACUUAAGUUGGACAAAAAUGGCGAGGUAGUUGUUCAACGUACUCCUGGCCACACAUUGAGUUGUGUCUCUGUUAUCGUAGACAAUACAGAAACUGAAAGAAAGAUUGGGAUAACUGGUGAUCUCUUUGAACGAGUCGAGGAUGUGGAGGACCAAAACAUUUGGUUGGAUGCUGGUAGCGAAGAUGAGAAACAGCAGCGAGUGCAGCGUAGUAGAAUUGCCGAACUAUGUGAUUAUAUAGUACCUGGACAUGGUCCUAUAUUUGCCGUAGAUGACCGUAUUCGAGACAAAUUGAAAGAGGAUAUGAAGAAGGAAUAGCAGCUAUUUACUAUAAACCAAGGAUGGGCACGUAGUGGCUCUUUUGGCUCCCGUGGCUCUUUACCGGCAGAGGCUGGGCAGAGAAAAAGGUUAUUUUUUGGUCUCG